AUGGCAACAUCACCAUCGUUCGAAGAUAGAAUUCACGCAUCGCCUACAGGAAAUCGUGUUCAUCCAACAACCAUAACAAUGCCGGCUAACCGAGAAGCAAAUAUCCCGAUUAAUGAUGAUUCAGACAAAUCGUCGGAAAGUGGAUUUGACGUUUGUGGGUGGAUUAUCAUCGCCUGUUCAUACAUUUUAAUUGUCCUCACGUUUCCGAUAACAUUAUUCUUUUGCAUCAAUGUUGUUCAAGAGUACCAACGCGCUGUUAUCUUUCGACUUGGACGUAUUUUAGCAGGUGGUGCUAAAGGUCCGGGUUUAUUUUUUAUUUUACCUUGCGUGGAUACUAUAGUAAAAGUCGAUCUACGAACUACUACAUUCAAUGUUCCACCUCAAGAAGUUUUAACGCGCGAUUCAGUGACAGUUUCUGUUGAUGCCGUGGUUUAUAGUCGUAUUAUUGAUCCAGUUACAUCUGUAACUAAGGUCAACAAUGUCUAUUCCGCUACCCAAUUACUUGCCCAGACAACAUUGAGAAACAUGCUUGGUACCAAAACUUUGCAAGAUAUUCUCAGCGAUCGAGAAGCUAUUGCUAAUUUGAUGGAAGCUCAAUUAGAUGAAGGAAGUUCGCCAUGGGGUAUUAAAGUUGAACGUGUUGAAAUUACGGAUGUUCGUCUUCCUCAAUCGAUGCAACGUUCAAUGGCUGCUGAAGCUGAAGCAAGUCGUGAGGCACGUGCUAAAGUCAUUGCAGCUGAAGGUGAACAAAAAGCAUCGCGACAAUUGAAAGAAGCAGCUGAUGUCAUAUCAUCAUCGCCAGUUGCUUUACAAUUACGUUAUUUACAAACGUUGACACAAAUUUCAGCUGAAAAGAAUUCGACUAUUGUUUUUCCCAUACCUGUGGAAUUACUUAAUUUAGUCAGACAGGGACGUUAG